AUGGUUUUUCGUGUGGAUGACAAGUUUCUUAAUUCAGAAUCAGCUUCAGUAAUGUUUGAGAUCUACAAUGUUGCAUGGUUACGCGAUCUCCCUAUUGGCACAACACACCUUAUGAUAAAUAGUUUUUUCCCUCCUCUUUCAUCCAAUAAUCCAACCAUCAGAUCAACUACGCUUCAUAUUCGUCGUCCAAGUGGUCAUUUACAAGGGCUCCUUCAUAUUAGUGUUCAAUUAAUUGACACUAGCCCUCCAGAAAUCCUCUGUUCUGGGAGUGAAUUGAGCACCUCAAUAUGUACAACCGAAGUUUCAUCAUCAAAAGAUGAAAGAAGAAAUUGUUAUGAUGAAAAGAAUGACAAUACCUCGACUAUUUCUAAAGGUCAUGACACGCUAUAUGAAGAAGAAAUUACCAAGAAUACUCAUGAUCAGGAUAUCAAAAAAAAUCAAAAUAGGGGAAUGUUACUACGUUUAUGUAGUAAACGUUUAAUGUCUAAUAGCGAUUCAGAUUUAUUAUCUCCAAAUCAAAAAAUGAGAAGUACACCAACAGUAGUGUCAUUUUGCUCAGGGGUGCAACCUAUACCAUCAAUUGUAGCAGAGGAUAUGAAGAAAGGAUUAUAUCAAACAGGGGAAGGAAUAGAUUAUGGAAGUUGUAUAUUUGAAAAUUGGACUAUACAAGGUGAAAAAGAUGAAGAAAUCCAAUCGAUGCGAUCAAAAAGCUUGACAUGGGGCUCAGAUGAUCAAGUUCACGUGCAAGAACACGUUGAGAUUAAAAAGAAAUCGCGAAGAAGAAGACAUGAUUCGGAUGGAGGAGGAUUAUUUUCAUGUUUUGGCAAAGCAUAUGGUUUUGAAUUCAAACUUAUUUGUGGAUCAAAAAGCCCCAACAAGAAGAAAGACAAGAAACUUGAACGCCAUAAGAGCCUUCCUUAUAAUAAUAAUAACCAUUAUGAUGAUAACUUACACAGAUUUUACAUAUAA